AGUUAUGGUGGUAGGAGUUGCUUUUAUAUAACAUGCACUGUAUUGUCCCAUUCUGUGACAAUGCUGAGUUAGCUGUUAUUUUUUCUGGGACCUAGAGAAGUUGAAUAGUUAGGAAAUAAACCAAGGUAGGAUUUGAAUCCAGGCAGUUAAGACUUCAGAGCCCAUGUUCUUAACCAAGACACUGUGUCACUCCUCAGUAGAAGGCUCCUCCCCAUCUUCAGAACAGUCCUGGGUUCUGAGCCUGCCGUCCAAGGAACUCAGGAGGAGGAAUUGACAGUCUCUGCGUCCCUAACCACCCUGGGACAACUUCAGCAUGUCUCAGGCCACCAAGAGGAAGCAUGUGGUGAAGGAAGUGCUGGGGGAGCACAUGGUGCCCUCCGACCGGCAGCAGAUUGUCCGGGUACUCCGGACUCCAGGGAACAAUCUGCAUGAGGUGGAGACAGCCCAAGGGCAGCGCUUCCUUGUGAGCAUGCCCUCCAAAUACCGCAAGAACAUCUGGAUCAAGAGAGGGGACUUUCUCAUUGUUGACCCCAUUGAAGAGGGAGAAAAGGUGAAGGCUGAGAUCUCCUUUGUGCUCUGCAAGGACCACAUGCGCUCACUGCAGAAGCAGGGGCUUUGGCCUGAGGCCUUCUCUGAAGUGGCGGAGAAACACAAUAACAUGAACAGACAAACUCAACCAGAACUCCCAGCUGAGCCACAGUUAUCAGGAGAGGAGUCCAGCUCAGAAGAUGAUUCUGACCUGUUUGUUAACACAAACCGCAGACAAUAUCAUGAGAGUGAGGAGGAGAGCGAAGAGGAGGAGGAGGCCUGAAACCCCAGGACCCAUUUCUCCACUUGCUCAGGGACUGGCCCCUGGCUUUUUUGGGCUUGGACAUUCCCAGGGUGCUCUGCAGAUCUUCACCCCUGGAUGGGAACAAAGCAGGGUCCCUCUUUGAACUGAUCUUCUGAUUAGGAGAAUUAAACCCCUGGUGGGUGGUGACUU